CCUGACACAUGAAAAAAAUUUUCAAUACCGCAUGGGACGGUUACACCUGUUUAUGUGUUUAGAUAAAGAAAUGUUAAUUAUUUAAAUUAUUUAUAUUAAUAGAGUAAUUUAAUGUUAUACUAACUAAUGUUUUUAUAUUAACAUAUAUAAACAUAUUUUUUAAGUCAUAGAUUAUUAUUAUUUAUAAGUUAUAAUGCGCAACAAAUCAACUUUAUUUAUCUUCCUCAUUGUUUUCACCCUUAGUGAAAUCAGUUAUGUUAAAUGUAUUCAAUCUAAUCCUAAUAAAAGUGAAUUGCAAGCUGAAAAGUAUCCACCUUGUGCAGCUUGUAAAAUACUAGUUAAUAGUUUUAAAAGCGGUUUAGAACGUACAAGUCGAGGAAAAUUUGAAGGUGGGGAUAGCGCAUGGGAAGAGGAUAAAUUAGGUUCUUAUGCGAGAAGUGAAGUACGUCUUAUUGAGAUACAAGAACAUUUGUGUAAGGAAGUAGAGCGUGGUAAAGAUCAAUGCCAUUCAAUAGCAGAAGAAUUAGAAAAUAAGAUAGAAGAAUGGUGGUUUAAACAUCAGACCACUUACCCGGAUAUAUUUGAUUAUUUAUGUAUCAAACAAACUGAACGCUGUUGUCCAAAGGAUCAUUAUGGUCCUGAAUGCACACAGUGUGUAGGAUUUCCAGAUAACGUUUGUAGUAAGAAUGGUAAAUGUAAAGGUGCAGGUACAAGAAAAGGAAAUGGUAAAUGUCUUUGCGAUAAAGGUUACAAAGGAGAAACAUGCAAUGAUUGUGCACCUGGUUAUUAUCAAUCUUAUAGAGAUGAGAAUAAAUUGUUAUGUUCUACUUGUCAUGCUGCAUGCAAUGGUUCUUGUUCAGGGCCAGGCCCUAAAGAUUGCGAGAUGUGUUCGAAUGGAUGGUAUAUGAUUGACAAACAAGGCUGUUUCGAUAUUAAUGAAUGCUUAAAAAGUGAUGAAUAUUGUCCAGGAAAUCAAUUCUGUGUCAAUAAAGAAGGAGGAUUUACAUGUCUAGGAUGCGACAAGGCUUGCAAUGGUUGUACUGGAGAUGGUCCAGAUAUGUGUAUUAAAUGUGCUGACGGUCAUCAUAAAAAAGAUAAUUUGUGCAUAAAUUCAGAUCUUCUUGGUCGCAAAAGACACGAAAAUUUUGCAAGAUAUGCAACUUAUCUUGGUCUUUGCAUAGCAACUUGUAUAAUUUUGCAACGGAAUAUUUAUGCAGCUAGCGUUAUAGGAAUAUUAGUUGCUGUUUAUAUAUCAGUAUCUGAAUAUAUGAUAGCUCAUAGUAAUAUUCAAGAUACAACAGCAAAUAUGGAUAUCUUAGGACCUGCUUGACUAAAUCAAAAUACAUAACCUAAAUAUAUAUUAAUUUUAAUAAAUAUCAUUUGUAAUUUGUAACUUGUAAUUGGUAAUUUAUAAUUUGUAUGAAUAUAAUUAUUUGUAAUAAUGUAUAAGAAAAAAUAUUUAUUAA